ACAGAGCGGGAAAUGGAAGAGUAAAUCGGUUUUUGUGUCAUGGUGGAUGCAGAGAAUGCAUUUGCACGGGAGCAACUUCGCCUUCGUGGGCUUCUCCAAGACCACAUUGCAAGCUUCGCGAGGAGGGAUGGCAACGUCGAAAACAGCACACGCGUUGUAUCCGCCUCGGAUGGUGUUGUUCCUCGAUACAUCCGCAUCCGUCGCAUGGCAUCGUCAGGAAACAAUGUAGGUGCGAACAAGAAUCACGAGGAGGAGGAGCAUACCGUAAGGGAAGCUGUCUUGGCAGCAGGGGGUCGACGAGUCCCCUGGUGCCCUCCGUAUGCAAGUGAAAGUUUUUAUGCCUUGCCUCCUGAAUUUCGCAUCGCACAAUGGCCGCUGUAUCAGCAAGGAAAAGUUUAUGGCAUGGACGUCGCAUCUGGGGUGGCUGUGUGGGCGCUGGGACCGAGGCCGGGGGACAAUGUGUUGGACUUGUGUUGCUGCCCGGGCUUAAAAUUGUGCAUGGUGGCGGAGCAAAUGCACCACACGGGGACGAUCACAGGCGUAGACAUCUCGCGGGGAAGGCUGACCGUCUGCCGCCAGAUUUUAGUCAAAUACCAAAUCGGGCGCGCUGCGGGGGUCCUCGUGUCACCCUGCUCCGUGGUCCCCCUCUGGUGCCGUUUGCUCUGCGCCGACGGGUGUUGCUUCGAGACGGAAUGGGAUGAGGCAUGGGCAGGUCGGGAGGAGGACGUGAUUUUCGACUCGAGAGCCUACGACUGGCAGAGCUAG